AUGUCCCGGAGUCCGGGCCGCUCCAGACAUGGCUCCGGAGCUGCACCGGUGCUCGCACGUAGUAGACGAAAAUUGGGCACCGCACACGCCAUGCUAGCACAUGCUAAAACGCGAUAG